UAGAAUUUUUCCGAUCUGUUGAAAAAUGAGAUUUAUGACAUCGGCCGCCGCCGCCGCUGGAAUUUCCCGACGCGGUGCUCUUGAUGCCGGACAUCUCCUUAACCCUAACCACAUCAAUCUCAAUCUCUCUCCCACGUCUCCCUUCUCUGUAACUGAAACGAACUUGAGAUCGCUGUGUGAGUCUGAGAAUUCAAAUCCUCAGCUUAAGAACGCCGUUUCAGUUUUCCAGCAAGCACUCGUCUCCGGUGGCUCUCUUGCUUUCGCCGGAAACAAUCUCUUGGCAACGCUGGUACGUUCUAGGAACCACGAGCUUGCAUAUUCCAUCUACCGCAAGAUGCUUGACACUAGUACUUUCGUCAAUUUCGUGUCGCUGAGUGGGUUGCUUGAAUGUUUCCUGCAAUUAGAUCGUAAGACCGGUUUUGCGCAAGGUGUUCUCGCGUUGAUGCUAAAGCGUGGGUUCGCUUUCAAUGUCUACAAUCUCAACAUCCUCUUAAAGGGUUUUUGCAAGAAUCUGGAAUGCGAUAAGGCUCUUAGUUUGCUUCGAGGAAUGAAGCUGAAUUCUCUGAUGCCUGACGUUGUUAGCUACAACACUGUUAUAAGAGGUUUAUGCGAGGCCAAGGAGCUGGAGAAAGCAUUGGAAUUGGCUAAUGAAAUGCAGGACGGUGAGUGUUCAUGGAGUUUGGUGACUUGUGGGAUUCUGAUUGAUGCCUUUUGCAAGGCUGGUAAGAUGGAAGAAGCCAUGGGAUUUUUUAAUGCAAUGAAACGUAACAAGGCUUUGGAGGCGGAUCUUGUUUUGUAUACUACUCUUAUCCGAGGCUUCUGUGAUUGUGGUGAGCUUGAGAGAGCCAAGGCGCUCUUCGAUGAGAUUCUUGAGAAAGAUUUAUCUCCAUGUGCAAUCACGUACAACACUCUUAUUCGAGGUUUCUGCAAGUUAGGACAGUUGAAAGAAGCGUCGCUGAUGUUUCAGUCUAUGAUGGAGCGUGGAGUCCGCCCGAAUGUUUAUACGUAUACGGUUCUGAUCGAUGGUCUUUGCGGAGUAGGUAAGACACAGGAAGCUCUUCAACUUUUGAGUCUCAUGUUGAAGAAUGAUGAAGAACCGAAUGUUGUGACAUACAACGUUAUUCUUAACAAGCUAUGCAAGGACGGCCUUGUGGCGGAUGCUUUAGAGGUUGUUGAAUUAAUGAAGAAGAGGGGUAUAAGACCUAAUACCAUCGCAUACAAUAUUUUACUGGGAGGACUCUGUGAAAAAGGUGACCUAGACGAAGCAAGUAAGCUUCUGCAUUCAAUGCUGAAUGAUAGGAGUUAUGCGGAUCCAGAUAUUAUAUCAUUCAAUGUGCUAAUCCACGGGCUGUGCACUGAAAACCGUCUUCAUCAAGCUUUGGAUACUUAUGAUAUGCUGGUUGAGAAAUUGGGUGCUGCGGAUAUAGUGACUACUAAUAUAUUGCUUAAUAGCACUCUCAAGUCUGGGGAUGUAAAGAAGGCAAUGGAACUUUGGAAACAAAUUUUAGAUUCCAAAAUUGCUCCAGACUCAGAUACCUAUUCUACUAUGAUUAAUGGGUUUUGCAAAACCGGCAUGCUUAAUGUUGCUAAAGGAUUGUUUUGUAAGAUGAGAGGGUCUGAGUUACGGCCUAAUGUUUUCGACUACAACUCUCUAAUGUCAUCGUUAUGCAAAGAGGGAAGCGUGGACCAGGCAUGGAGAUUAUUUGAGGAAAUGCAGCGUGACGGCAGCUUACCAGACAUUGUUUCUUGCAAUAUUAUGAUUGAUGGGAGUCUUAAAGCAAGGGAUGUUAAGUCUGCAGAAUCACUUCUUGCUGGGAUGUCUCAAGCUGGUCUUUCCCCUGAUUUAUUUACAUAUUCGAAGUUGAUAAAUAGGUUCCUGAAACUUGGAUAUUUAGACGAGGCUAUCGGAUUCUUUGACAAAAUGAUUGAGAGCGGGUUUGAACCUAAUGCUCAUAUAUGCGAUUCUGUGUUGAAGACUUGUAUUUCACAGGGAGAAACAGACAAGUUGAAGGAACUUGUCGAAAAAAUGGUGGAGAAAAAUAUCGUCCUCGACAAAGAACUGACGUGUACGGUCAUGGAAUACAUGUGUAGCAGCUCAGCAAACAUAGAUUCUGCAAAGAGGUUGCUAGGAGUAGCAGAUGAUAAAGAGGAAGAGGAAUUGUAGAGUACAUAGUCGUGUACCAACUUGAGGACUGUAAAAGUUGAAGAAUAGUGUGUGCAUUUGGGAUGCUAUGCAGAGACGUGUUGUAGAUCAAAAGUGACAGAGGCAACAAAGUAUGGCUGUGGCAGACCAGGAAG